GCCUGAGAAGCGGCAGCGCGACGCAGAAGGAGGUCAUCAUCCUCGGGGGCUCCGGUAGACAACCUUUGCUGGUGGCCUACCUGAAGGAUGGAGGGCUUUCGCUCCACUCGAUGGGGGCGAACUCAAUGGUUGUGGAGUCACCACGCGCGGUGGUACUCCCCGGCAGGUCUCCCCACAACUUCGAGAUCCUCGACCGCGACUUUAAGAGCUAUGGUGAGUUGGAGAGCAUCUCUGGCCGGAUGACCUUGCGGUGCAACGGGCAGCCCGUGCUUUUGAUUGACGAGAUGCCGGAAGAGUUGGGCUACAACGCCUCUCAGUUGGAUGGUCGCACCUUAGCCACGGGGCGCCUGGCCCCGGAGGUGCCUGCUCAUGUGCUCCAGAAGUUGGGCGGCGAAGCCUGGCGGCUGCGCGUGGUCGCAGGCUGUGAUGCCAUUGUGGUGCUGUCAACGAUGUUGACGGCCAUGCUCAUCAAGACUCAGAGGUUCCGGUCAGGGAGCAUCACUCCGUCGGCGCCGGGCACCAGCGCCACGCCCUCCAUCCGCGUGUCGCAGGUCCGGUAAGUGACCCGAGCGACCGGCUCCGCUCCCGUUGGUUCAACGGUCCAGCCAUCUUCCGAGAAGAUCUGAGGCCAAAGAAGAUUCACUGUCCCAAUGACAUUCCUGGUAGAACUAUGUACCUAGAGGUCCCAAAAGGUUGC